AUGCCAGAAGAGAUAGUCAAACCAGCCUUCGCAGGCCGCGAUCGCCCUCUCAUCUCACACGGCGUUCCAUACCCAGAAGCUGCCUCUCGCCAUCUGCGCGAGUCAUUCCAAGCUUCCCGCGUCUAUGUCAUCUGCUCGGGGACAUUGGGGCGGACCACGGAUGUCAUGAAACGCCUGUCAGACGCUUUGGGGCAGAUGCUAGUUGGCCAUCGGAUAGGCAUGACAAGCCAUACUCUGUGGUCGGAAGUUUUGCAAAUCACAGAAGAAGCUCGGGUCGUUGACGCAGAUGCGAUCCUGACCGUGGGAGCGGGUAGCCUGACUGACGGGGCCAAGAUCGUUGCAUUGGCCCUCGCAAACGAUAUCUACACCCCAGAAGAGCUCGAAACCCUUGCACAGGGCCCCAAUAAGCGAGCAAACAUCAAAGCGCCAUCAAUCCCUAUUAUCUCCGUACCGACCUCGCUCUCUGCUGGUGAAUACUCAAAUUUCGCAGGUGGCACAGAAGACAAUUCAAAGCGUAAAUACAGCUUCCAGCAUCCUACUCGCGGCCCCCAGCUAGUCAUAUUCGACCCGGAGCUCGUGAAAUCCACACCGGAUUCGAUCUGGCUCAGCACUGGCGUACGCGCGAUUGACCACUGCGUCGAGUCUCUAUGUGCUAUAGAAGGCACCACCCCCGAGUCAGAUGAACUGGCUAGGCGUGCAUUGAGCUUGCUAGUCCCUGGCCUUUUGCGCUGCAAAAAAAGUCGCGAAGACCGCGAGGCACAUUUGCAAUGUCAGCUUGGGUCGGUUGAUGCGAUGGCGGCUUGUACCGGUGGGUCUAUCGAAUUAGGUGCUAGUCAUGGGAUAGGGCAUCAGCUCGGACCGCUGGGUGUCGGCCACGGCGAAACGAGUUGCAUUCUUCUCCCCGCUGUUUGUAAGUUCAAUGCAAAGUAUAACGCCAACCGUGAGCAGCAAAAUUAUGUACGCCAAUUCUUGAAUCGAGAUCCUGCUGUGUCGGAAGUUUUACGUGCUCGCUCGGUCGAUGAAACGGAAUCGGACUUGGGUGAUGUUUUGGAUGCCCUCUUUCGCGAACUGGGAAUGCCUCGAUCUUUGAGUGAUGUUCACGUAGGCCGCGACAAGCUCGAUGAAUUGGCGGCGAAUAGUCUGCAUGAUCGUUGGUGCAAGUCAAAUCCGGUUCCACUCACGGAAAAGUCUCAAGUUUUGGAGAUUUUGGAGAUGGUAGUCUGA